UGUGCAUAGGGAAGGAUACGGCCAGUCUUGCCUUCUAUCAAACGCUCCGUUCACAAUGAAUAGUCUCCUGAAAUUAACAAUUAGAGAAGAACGCGAAUCAAGGAACCCUAACAAUGGAGGAGGAGAUGAAACAAGGGGAAGAAAAAUAGUGACGGAUCUGGGAAAUGGAAGCGAAGUGGUGUACUUUCCUCGAUUUUUGUCGGCCGAGUCAUGGAAAUGGUUCGAUUACCUCAACAGAGAGAUUCCCUGGACGAGGCCCAACAUUCGCGUCUUCGGCCGUUCUUGCAUCCAGCCUAGAGACACUUGUUACAUUGCAAGCACAGGAUUGCCAGAAUUAAGUUACAGUGGCUAUCAACCCCAUGCGUACUCUUGGGAUGAUUUUCCUCCACUAAAGGACAUCUUGGAUGCAGUUCAUACUGCCUUACCUGGGAGUUGUUUUAAUAGCUUAAUAUUAAAUAGGUAUAAAGGUGGCAAUGAUUAUGUUAGUUGGCACGCUGAUGAUGAGAAGGUCUAUGGUUCGACUCCAGAAAUUGCCUCUGUUACAUUUGGUUGUGAGCGUGAGUUCCUGUUGAAGAAGAAACCAAGAAAAACGUCCAAAGCAGAUAAAAGAGUUGAUGCUGAACCUCCUAGCAAGCGAUCGAAGAAGAAUAGCAAUGCCGACCAACACUCAUUUACAUUAAAGCAUGGCUCAUUGUUGCUUAUGAGAGGUUAUACCCAAAGGGAUUGGCUCCAUUCGGUGCCUAAACGAGCAAAAGCGGAGGCCACACGGAUUAACCUCACUUUCAGGCGCAUAGUAUUAUGAUCUACCCUUCAUGAAUGAUCCGUAAACAAUUCUUGUAUUUUCCCUAGGAAUGAAGACUCGCUGGCGUGUCUUUUCGCUUGUUUGUAUUACGCCAAGUUUGAUUGGUGGACAUUGCUAGUCUUCAUGACCGGCAAGUGCAGUGCUGCAGUAGCAGCAUCUACUUCUGUACAGUUCACUUGGCACCCACCUUGCCUACCUGAAUGUUGUGAGGUGUCUUUCUUUUGUUGUUUUUGGUGACUUGUUGGCUUAUUCUGGACGCUGAUUUCUAAUGUGGACAUGAGUAUUUAAUCAUUAAUAUUGAGUGUUAUAUAGCGUGUCAAUAGUACGUAA